AUGCUUGUUGCUUUCAACUUUCUGCCUCAAGCUCGAAAGGGUUGCAUCAAAAUUUGCGAAAUCCUCAUUGUAACCGCGCCGCUCCAGCUGUGGAAAGUUGGUGUAAACGAAAACGGAGGUGAAGCACAAACACUGAAGAACAAAGCGGAAGCAGAAAAGCUUCUCAAUAUUGCAAACGCUAUGAUGAACAUGGAAGGGAUGUUAGAGGCAGCCGAAAGCCCCCCUCCAGACUCAAUAAAACUCGAUGAGGAAAAGAAAAAAAUACUAGACAAGAAGAAUCCCAUACCUGGACCCCAUCAUCCAACGUACCUCACAAUGAUCAAGGGAGCAGUGCUCGCCUUGAAUGAGGGCAAGGGAGCGAGCAAGUCAGCUAUCUUGAAAUAUCUGGCGCAGCACUACCAACUGGGGGAGAAUCUUCCAAAGGCA